GCAUUCUCUACUCUUUCUCUCUCUCUCACUCACUCACUCGCUUUUGUCCCCGUAGAUAUCAGAGGGAAAACACAAAAAAAACAGAACUAGGGUUUUAAAGAGAAAGGGAGCAAAAGUGAGAGAGAGGAGAGAAGAGGCAGAAAUUUUUAGGAUUAGGGUUUUAUUAUAUUGUUCUCUAGGGUUUAGAAAAUGGUGGCCGACAAAGGAAAGAAGAUGAAAGUAGCAGAGAAAGUAGAGGAAGAGAACCAUGAUCAAAUAGAUGGAGACCUCGUCAUUUCCAUCGAGAAGCUUCAAGAGAUCCAAGACGAGCUUGAGAAGAUCAAUGAAGAGGCAAGUGAGAAAGUCUUGGAAGUGGAGCAGAAAUACAAUGAAGUUCGCAAACCGGUCUAUGAUAAGCGGAAUGAAAUCAUCAAUUCAAUUCCUGAUUUCUGGUUAACAGCUUUCUUGAGCCAUCCUGCUCUUGGUGAUCUUUUGACUGAAGAGGAUCAGAAGAUAUUCAAAUAUAUUAACUCACUUGAAGUGGAGGAUUUUAAAGAUCUGAAAUCUGGAUACACUAUCACAUUUAAUUUUAAUUCCAAUCCGUACUUUGAAAAUACAAAGCUUACAAAGACCUUUACCUUCCUUGAUGAUGGAACCAAAAUUACUGCUACCCCAAUCAAGUGGAAAGAGGGCAAGGGCUUGCCAAAUGGAGUUAAUCAUGAGAAAAAAGGAAACAAGCGACAACUUGCCGAAGAAAGCUUCUUUACCUGGUUUGCUGAUGCUCAGCAAAAAGAUGACAUGGAUGAAAUUCAUGAUGAGGUAGCAGAGAUUAUCAAGGAGGAUUUAUGGCCCAAUCCUCUCACUUAUUUCAACAAUGAGGCCGAUGAAGAGGAUUUUGACGGAGAUGAAGGUGAUGAAGAGGGUAAAGAUGAUGAUGAUGACUCUGAUGAUGAUCAAGAUGAUGAUGAUGAUGAUGACGACGACGAGGAGGACUAAAUCACUUAACAGCCUUAAAUCAUAGUAGUUGAUUCUCUUGCUCAAGUAAGAACUGGUGUAAAGUUGUCUCCUAGUCAUAGCUAAGCAAGGUUAUAGAGAAGAUAGCCAUCUUUAAGAUAGCUUUCUAUGUUUUAUAAGCAACUCUCGUUAUUGUAAGUAUAGCUAUGACUCGUUUCUUUUUGCCCAUCUCUUCACCUUUUUGAUCUUUCCUCCCUUGUGUUUUUGUUUUUCUGGUUUCCUCCCAGAGGGUGACACGAAGUGAAAGCUUCUUACAUGAUAUUGGAAUGCAGGCAUUUUAUCUAUA